AUGCUCCUCUCCUUCUCCCUCGCUAUCCUGGCUGUCCUUGGCGCUGCCGCUCCCGUCGAGCUGGACGCCCGCGCGUCCGCUCCCCCUUACCGCUACAUCCACCCUGCCAACGCUCCCGACCAGUGCAUCACUGCCGUUCCCGGUACCAAAGGCUACGAGGGCACGCAGCUGGUUGUCCGGCCAUGCGUUGCCUCUGCCGACCAGCGGUUCCGCGUUAACUGGCCCACCACCACAGUCAAGUUCCUGGCCCAUCCCGAGCUGUGCAUCGACAGCAGUGGAACGCCCGGCAAGCCUGACAAGAAGCCCAAGCUCAAGGCCGGGCGCCCUGCCCUACUCCUCCCUUGCCCCGCGGGCCCCAACGUGGGCGAGAACAUGACGACGCCGGUGAACGGUUACUGGGACCGUAGCGACUACACGCACCUCCGCCUUUGGGGAACGGAUGUUUGCCUGGACGGCAGCGGUGGCGCCGUGCACCAGUCGCGCUGUGAUGGCGGCGUCGGCCAGGAGUGGCUGUUUGACGUUGUUGGCGAGUAG